UGCAAAUAAACAAUUUUCACGCUUUUCUCAACACUCCUAUCACACACUAUCGCAUCUACAACACUUUCAGACAUCUUUCUCACGCAUCCUUUCAUGGAAUCUCAGGGAAAAUCGGAAUCCUUGGCUCCUGCAAUGUCAGUGAGUGGCAAGAAAGGUGCCGGAGGUGGCGUAAUAGGGGUAAGAAAGAAGUCCGGACCGAAAUUUGAGCUAUUGGAUGAGCAGAAAGCUGACAUCAAGGAAGCCUUCGAUUUGUUCGAUACAGAAGCAAGUGGUUUCAUUGACGUGAAAGAGCUCAAAGUGGCCAUCCGGGCACUAGGAUUUGAACCCAAGAAGGAAGAGAUUAAGAAAAUGGUGGCGGAAAUUGAUAAAGAAGGCACCGGAAAGGUCUCCUAUGACGAAUUCUUUCAGCUCAUGUCAGUGAAAAUGGCUGAGAAGGAUACCCGAGAGGAGAUAUUGAAAGCCUUCCGGCUAUUUGAUGAUGAUGAAACAGGAAGGAUCUCCUUUAAAAAUCUCAAAAGAGUUGCCAAAGAGCUCGGGGAAACCAUAACGGAUGAAGAGCUACGAGAAAUGAUUGAUGAAGCUGAUCUCGAUGGGGAUGGCGAAGUGAAUCAGGAUGAAUUCCUGCGGAUUAUGAAGAAAACCAGCCUGUACUGAACCAGCUCCACCCCUCAGCUGAAGCAUCCACAAAAAAAAACUGAUCAAAUUGAACGUCAAUAUUUGAAUUUUGUGCAUUUUCAUGCCUCUCUGUGAAGAGAAUUCUCUUCAAAAUUCCUGUGUCACACUGCUACUGAAAUCACUCUUAAUUUUAAAAACUGUGGUAUACUAUUUAAUGUAAUAAAUUAAGAAAUUGUGUUUAAAAUUAUAAUAU